AUGAAGUUAGAUACAGUUAAAAAAUUUUCGCAUCCGCCGGACUUUAAUCCCUUAGCUGAACACAAUGCAUUUUGGAAAUGUGUUCAAUCGGCUGCAUUCUAUUUAUUUGUUCAAUUUAUUAAAAUGCUUACUAUAGCAACAUGUUUUCCACCGGUUGAUGAAUUAACAUCAUUUGUUGUUAAAACUGAAUUUCUGAAAAAUACGGUUGAUUUAUUAGAUUUAGUUGUUGCUGCGCUUGGUUGGGGUUCUGCUGAACUUAUUGUUACAAAAUUUUUACCCUUAUGGGUAGGAGCUCGUGGCAUUGACUUUGAUUGGAAAUAUAUUCAAAUGAGUCUUGAUUCAAAUAUUGCUUUAGUAAGAUAA